UGAUCUAGAACCCCACGUGCACGUACCUGACAUCUCGAGCAUGUACGGGCUCGGCGAUGUCUCGGGUCUCUGGAGGAAGAUGUUGAUCAUCUUGAGCCACUCCCCCAUGACCUCGUCCUCCACUCCCUCGCUUGCUGCCCUGAAGGCCUCGACCUGGAUAUCCCGUUCGGCUUCGGCGAGCUUGAGCCGCGCAGAGAGAACGCUACCUAUGCAACAUAUUCUUGCGGAAGUUGUGAUGAUCGACAUGCUCCUCGAUGAGGUCAGCCCAAACGCCGACACCUGCAGUCUUCGUAGCGUAGCCAAUCGGGUUAAGCACUGACCACAUCCGUUCAAUCCCCUCGCCAUCCGUCUUCCCGACACCCGGCUUGAAGCUCAAGCUGUGGGUGUUCUGGCACUCCUGGUUGUGGGAACCCGCGUGCCACACCGGCAGACCACAUUGGACCUUCACCUGCUCCAGGUCGAGGUGCAGAUGGGAGGGCAAUUUGGCCA